AUGGCCAUGGCUGAAACUUCCCGGCGGCGAAACGGCGCCACUGCCACCGUGAAAUUCCCUAGCCGCCGCCAGUCUGAUUCUCCAAACCAAGACAGAACAAUCGGCGAUUCAAUUUCAAUCGAGGGUUUCGAUUUCAUCAGCUCUCUACCGGACGCGAUUCUCCACCUAAUCCUUUCCUCAAUCCCGACCAAGUCAGCCAUCAGAACCUCCGUCUUGUCCAAGCGAUGGCGGCACGUAUGGUGCGAGACGCCUUCUCUCUCCAUCGAUAGCCACAGAGUGGUAGCUAGAUCGAUCAACAAAACCUUAGCCAGCUUCUCCGCUCCCAAAAUCGCGAGCUUCCAUCUCCGAACAAGCUUAGUCAAUAGGAUCCAACCUGUCGACAGCUGGAUCGAGUUCGCCAUUUCCCACGACGCCGAGAAGCUCUCUCUCGAGUUUCGCGACACUCGUGUUAGGGAUUACAGUUUUCCCGAUUUCUUCUACACAAACUCCACCGUAAAGCAACUCUUGGUCGACUCUGGAUCCGUCGUCAUGAUCCCGAGAUGCACCGUGUCGUGGACGUCUCUAAAGAACUUGUCUUUGAGUUACUGUAAGCUUUCCGAUGAAUCCCUUGUCAAGAUUCUCUCUGGUUGUCCCUGCCUUGAGAGCUUGGAAUUGCUGUACUGCGAUGAAUUCCGGUGUCUUGAUCUGAGCCAAUCACCGCGUCUAAGGAGAUUGGAGAUGGAUCGAAGCGAUUGGUUUCUCGGCCCGACGGAGAUUGUGGCACCACAUAUCCAUUCUCUGAGAUUGAGACACUCGAGAUUGCCAUGUAGAUUAGUGGAUGUCUCUUCUCUAGUCGAAGCUAACUUGAACAUUUACUA